AUGAUGUCAAGCUCUUCUUCAACUUUCAUCCGAACUGGUGUUUCAUUGGUUUUACUUCAACUCUUAUCUAGAUUACUCACCUUCUCUUUGAAUCAAGCUCUACUUCGAUUCACCUCCCCGGAAGCUCUUGGUACUGCUUCGAUCCAACUCGAAGUACUUCUUAAUACUGUACUCUUUCUGAGUCGAGAGAAUGUCCGUGGGGCGUUAUCAAGACUCCAACUCGAAUUCUCAACUUUUCGCGACUCUCAUCUUUCCACUCGAUACCAACAAAUCGUCAAUUGCUGCUUCGUGCCUCUCCCAACUGGAUUCGUCCUCUCGACUGUACUGUUUACGAUUUACGUUCUAAGCGUGGGGGAAUCUACAUCAGCUCAAGCUUAUUUUAGGCUUUCACUAUUUAUUUAUUAUCUUUCAAGCCUUUGCGAAUUGACCUCAGAGCCUGCUUAUCUCUAUCACUUAUUGAACGCUCAAACCUCGGACCGAGUCAAAGUCGAAGGCAAGGCUGUGCUAUUGAAGACGGUCACUACGUUGUCUAUAAUCAUAUUUGGGUCACGAACAGGGAAGGAUUGGGCUUUGUUGGGGUUCUCGAUCGGUCAACUGAGCUAUGGUGCUUCACUUGCCAUCGGACUAUGUCGCAAUCAAAAUAAAACACAAAAUGCCUCAACAAAGCAGAUUGCCUUUUGUCCAAAGUGGUCGUUGAGUCAAAUUGACUCUGAUACCAAAUCACAGACAUCUGGCUCCAAUAGCAAUACAAAACUCAAAUCACAUGAACCUCUCGAGGACAGUCUAUUAGGUAGAACAAACUUCACACUGAUACGUGCAUUGACCCAACAAUCGGUUUUGAAACAAUUCUUGACAGAGGGUGAUAAGAUGUUGAUCGGUCGGAUCUGUCCGAUUGCUCAUCAGGGUGCUUAUGCUUUGGCUUUGAAUUACGUGAACAAUAAAUCAUCCACUUCAGGUUCUUUGGUGGCUAGAAUUGUUUUUCAACCAAUUGAAGAGACUUCUCGUCUAUAUUUUUCGAAAACGCUCGGAACCACUGCCAUCGCCACUGAGAAGGAAGCUAAAGAACAACACGCAUUCGCCACACUAACCGCCCUUGUACUUUUUCAAUCUUACAUCGGACUGGUGCUCAUUUCCUUUGGUCCGUGGUUUGUUAAAUUGGCAUUACUACUUGUCCUCGGUCCAAACUCGGCAUAUUUAGAAACUUCAGGAAAAGGCGCAUCGGUGGUGGUAGUGGACAUUUUGAGGGCUUACUGUGGUUUGCUCCCAUUACUCGCGUUAAAUGGGGUUUUAGAAGCAUUUGUGCAAUCUGUUGCGAAUGAAAAAGAAUUGGGUAAGAUGAGUAAAAUGAUGGUGGUAUGGUGCGCAGUAUUUGGAGGAUCGGUCUGGUUGAUGAGUUUGUUAGAUAUCGGAUCUGAGGUAGGUAUGGUACUUUGCACGUGUAUCAAUAUGGCUUGUCGAAUUGGGUAUUGUUGGAAAUUUGUGUUAUCAUAUCAGUUUAGUAGAAAAGUCGAAGCACUUUCAGUGGCGGAGGUCUUACCAAAUCAAGUAGUUUCACUAGUCUUCCUGAUUUCAGCUUGGCUAGUGAGGCGGAGUGAGAUCGGCUCGAGCGGGUUUAGGGUGAAGAUGGAGCCAGAGGGGAGAUGGCAGAUGGUAUGGGCAGCUGUAGGAGCACAUUUAAUAAUUGGGGUCGUUUCUUUUGUGACGUGUGCAGGAGUUGCGUGA